CUAUACCUCCUGAUUUUGUAUAAGUUAUUUAUAAAACCGAAUCUGUUCUUUAUUUAUGUAGCAAUGUAGACGACGAUGACCGUAGUUGGAUGUACAAAGAGAGAAAAGGGAAGUUGUUUUCUCCAGCUUGGAAACACGGAGUAGAUAAUUUUCUGGAGCAUGCGUUCGCAUUGCCUGAUGCUGCUGUAGAUGGGGAAUCUCAUUGUCCCUGUACCAAGUGUUUUUGUCGUCAUAAACGCAAAAGGGAUGCCAUGACCAGGCAUUUGUGCAACAAUGGUUUCAUGUUAGGAUAUGAGAGAUGGACUAGUCACGGGGAGUCUGAUACACCUGGAAUUUUAGAACAAGAUAACGAUGGGGAUGUAGAUCGUAUGGAUGACAUGCUAAUUGAUGCAAUCGCUGCAGAAGGAGUUUCUGUAGGCGAUGAGCCAACAGAGGCUGCAAAGAAAUUCUAUGAAAUGCUAGUGGAAGCUGACAAAGCACUACAUGAGAAGACCACACAAUCACGUCUAUCCAUUGUAGGAAGGCUAAUGACAAUUAAAACACAACACAACCUACCAGAAGCUUGUUACAAUGAGAUAAUGAGCCUUAUACAUGACAUUGUUGGGGACGAUGCUGCAAAAGACCUCCCCACGAACUUCCAUAGGUCCAAGAAGCUUGUGCAUAGUCUAGCAAUGCCAUACGUCAAAAUUCAUGCAUGCCCCAAUAAUUGUAUGAUUUAUUAUAAGGAGACUGAAAAUAAGGACAAAUGCACUAUAUGCAAAGAACCUCGAUAUGAGGAAACAACCGCAAGAAAUAACUCUAGGAAGAUACCGAGAAAAGUUUUGCGCUAUCUCCCUAUUACUCCUAGGCUACAACGGUUGUACAUGUCACAAAGCACUGCUGAGCACAUGGAUUAUCAUGCAAGGCCUCGUGACAGUGAGAAAAUAAUGGUUCACCCCUCUGAUGGAGAAGCUUGGAAGGCAUUUGAUAAAGAAUACAAGAAUUUUUCUCAGGAAGUUAGAAAUGUGAGGCUAUGUUUAGCGACCGAUGGCUUCACACCUUUUGGUAUGACAGCAGCCUCCUAUUCUUGUUGGCCAGUAUUUGUCGUACCUUACAACCUCCCACCAGAAAUGUGCAUGAAGCAAAGUAACUUGAUACUUGCACUAGUCAUUCCUGGUCCAGAUUAUCCAGGAAAGACAUUAAAUGUUUUUAUGCAGCCUCUUAUUGAUGAACUUGAUGAUUUAUGGAAAAAUGGAGUAAAUACUUAUGAUAGUCAUCGAAAGAAAAACUUCAUUAUGAAAGCAGCUUUAUUGUGGACUAUUCAUGACUUUCCAGCGUAUGGAUUAGUUGCAUGUUGGAGCACACAUGGAAAGCUUGCAUGUCCUAUAUGCGGAUCUGACAUAGAUACAUUUUCAUUAAAGAAUGGGAGAAAGCCAUGUUGGUUUGAUUGCCAUAGGAGAUUCCUUCCAAUGAACCAUGCAUUUCGUAGGAGUGUAAAAUGUUUUCGUAAGAAAAAAAAAGUUUUAAAUCCUCCACCAACACCCAUGUCUGGAGAUGAUGUGUAUGAAGAACUCCAAAGUCUUGUUCCCGAUGAAACUGGUAAAAGUACAUUUGUAGGAUUCGGGAAGGAGCACAAUUGGAUUGGUGUAAGUGGUUUUUGGCAGCUAGAGUAUUUUAGGAAGUUGAAGCUUCGCCAUAACAUCGAUGUAAUGCACAAUGAGAAAAAUGUUUCUGAGGCAUUAUUAAACACGUGCCUUGAUAUUCCUGAUAAAACUAAGGAUAAUAUCAAAGCACGUCUUGAUAUUGCAAGAUAUUGUGAUCGGUCAAAGCUACAUGUGACCAAGAAUUCAAGGGGUGUGUGGAAAAAACCCAAAGCAAAUUAUUGUGUUCAGAAAGAUGAUUUAAUUACCGUCCUUAAGUGGUUUAAAGAAAUAAAGUUUUCUGAUGGGUAUGCUGCGAAUUUGAGUAAAGCUGUCAACUUGGCCCAGAAAAGAUUUAUUGGGUUGAAAAGCCAUGACCACCACAUCAUCAUUGAGCGCCUUAUAGCGGUUGCAUUGCGAGGCUUCAUCCCUGAAAAGGAAUGGAAGGACAUAGCUGAGUUAAGUCAUUUUUACCGACAGUUAUGUGCCAAAGAAAUUGAGCCAAAUCGUAUGCGUGAACUUGAAAAGGAGAUUCCUGUUUUGUUAUGCAAGCUUGAGAAAAUGUUCCCACCAGGCUUUUUCAAUGUAAUGCAACACUUGAUGGUGCAUCUCCCAUAUGAGGCAAGGGUUGGGGGCCCUGUGGCAUAUCGUUGGAUGUAUGUUUUUGAGAGGGCAAUGCACCAUCUGCGUUUAAAAGUGCGUAACAAGGCAAGAGUGGAGGGUUCAAUUGUCGAAGCUUGCAUUGUACAAGAGAUCACAAAUUGUGUUUCUCUUUACUUUAGUGAACAUGUUCGCACUAUAUGGAAGAAGAAUCCUCGAUACAAUAUUGGAGGAACAAGGGUGCAUAAUGACGAGUGUACUUUAGAUGUCUUUCAGUAUGAAGGAAAUCUUCGUGGAAGGGGUACUGCUGUUGAACUCACCCAACAACAGUUGAAUGCAGCAAGGCUGUAUAUUUUGACCAACUGCUCUUCUGUUGAUAGAUUUCGAGAAGCAUUUACUGAAGAAAAAUACAAGGAGAACCCUAAUUUGACAGCGGUGGGCCUUGACAAAUUGAUCACAGAAGAAUUUGUGGAGUGGUUCAAAAUUGCUUGUAAAAGCGAUCCAAAAUCUGAUGAAGACUUGUGGAAUUUAGCUAAUGGAUGCAGCUCCAGAGUCUACUCCUAUAAUUCCUAUGAUGUGAAUGGCUUCCGCUUUAGAUCAGAGCUGUAUGAGAAAAACUGUAGAAGGUUGAAAACAGUGAACACAGGGGUUUGUUUGUCUUCCUUCACCUCAGAUGGCGAACAACUGGACUACUACGGUGUCAUUGAGGACAUUAUCAAAUUAUCCUUCACAGCUGGUAAAAAAAUUGAGAUGGUACUCUUCAGAUGUCGUUGGUUUGACCCCACCAAGGGCAUGAGGUCAGAUGCAAAAUUGGGUUUGGUGGAAAUAAACUCAUGUUCAAGGCUUAAAAAUUUUGAGCCGUUUGCCAUGGCUCACCAAGCUACACAGGCUUAUUACUUGAAGUAUGCAUCCCCCAAGCGAGAUCUUCGUGAUUGGCGGGUUGUGUACAAGAUUCAGCCCAAAAAUAGCUUGCGUAAUCUUGAUGAGAAUGUCACAUCCAAUGCAGAUGAUUUUUUUCAAGAAGAUGGUCAGCAGGGUAGCUUUUCCGUAGAUAUUGACAACUUUGUUGAUGAGUUCACUGUGUCUAGAAAUCAGUCAGAUGAUGUGCUUGACCCAGCUGAAAUUGAAAUGAUAGAAAAUCAAAACAAUGAUGAAAACGAUGAAGAAUUACCAGAAGAGGAACUAGAAGAUAGUAGUGAUGAGGAGGAAGAAGAAAUAGAAGAAGAGGAAGGACAAGAACAGAGAGAUGGAGCUGAAGAUGACGAUGACAGAAUAGAGCAUGACUCUGAAUACGAUGAUGAUGAUUACUGAAAAUUAUAACUUCUGCGUCUUACUGUCCUUUUGUUUUGUUUAUUAGUAGUAAAUAUUUUACAUAAAGUUAUGCUACUAUUGAAUAUUAUAUUUUAUCUAUUGGCAAUUAUUAAUUUAGUUGUUACUGAAUGUUUAGUUUCAUUUGCACUAAUAUGCCUUUGAUAAUUGUGUGCUUGUCAUUUUAUAUAUAACUAAUAGCAU